UCUUUUUUUUUUCUAAAAAAAAAAAAAACUUCCUUUCCUUUUCUGUUUCAGAAAUGGAAGAAGAAGAUCAACGCAAAGUCACAGAUCUAGUAAUUGAGCUAGUCCGUCGCUUACUCUCUCAACAAAACCCUCAAAGCCCAAACCCUAACUCUCCUCAUUUCUCCCAAUCUCUUCGUUAUGCUCUCCGCAUUCUCUCCAGCCGUUUAACCCCUUCCGUUUCCCCCGAUGCGGACGCCAUCGCCGAAUCCAUCAAGCGCCGUCUCGCCACUCAAGGUAACUCCUCUGAUGCUCUUACUUUCGCUGAUCUCUACACCAAAUUCGCCUCUAAGAAUGGUCCGGGCAGCGUUAAUAACAAAUGGGCUGUUCUUUAUCUGCUUAAAAUUAUAUCAGAGGACCGAAAAACGGCGAGAAAAGGGAUGGAUUCUUCGAUUUUGUUGCCUAAUUUACGGUUAAAUGAUGAUGAAAUAGGAAAUCAUGUAAGGGUUUUGAAUGUUAAAGAGGAUAGAGAAAAGGGUUGGCAAAAUGGGGUUUUGUUGGUUUCAAAAGACCCCGAAAAUUUACGUGAAAUUUCGUUUAGGGAGUUUGGGAAUUUGGUUAAGGAAGAGAAUGAGGUGACUGAAGAGGUUUUGGUUAGAGAUGUAUUGUAUGCUUGUCAGGGGAUUGAUGGGAAGUAUGUGAAACUUGAUAGUAAUUUAGAUGGUUAUGCUUUAUCGGAUUUAGUUAAGGUACCUAGAGCUACUCGAAUUAUUGUUAGGAAGCUUUGUGAAUUAGGGUGGUUGUUUAGGAAAGUGAAAGGGUAUAUUUCAGAGAGUAUGGAUUGCUUUCCUGCUGAAGAUGUGGGGACUGUGGGCCAGGCAUUUUGUGCUGCUUUGCAGGAUGAGUUAUCAGAGUAUUAUAAGUUAUUGGCUGUGCUAGAGGCUCAGUCCACGAAUCCGAUACCAUUGGUUUCGGGGAAUGCAAGUUCAGGGAAUUAUUUGUCCUUGAGGAGGUUGUCAGUUUGGUUUGCUGAGCCAAUGGUUAAAAUGAGAUUAAUGGCUGUUUUGGUUGAUAAGUGUAAAGUUUUGAGGGGUGGGGCAAUGGCUGGCGCUAUUCAUUUGCAUGCACAGCAUGGUGACCCACUUGUUCAUGACUUCAUGAGGCGAUUGCUUAGGAGGGUUUGCUCUCCGCUUUUUGAAAUGGUGAGGAGUUGGGUUUUGGAAGGGGAAUUGGAGGAUAUUUUUGCUGAGUUCUUUAUCGUGGGGCAACCAGUGAAAGCGGAAUCCCUUUGGAGAGAAGGUUACCGGAUGCAUGCUGGAAUGUUGCCUUCAUUCAUUUCACAGUCUCUUGCUCAACGUAUUCUCAGGACUGGGAAGUCUAUUAAUUUUCUUCGUGUCUGUUGUGAUGACCGAGGUUGGGCUGAUGCUGCAACAGAGGCUGCAGCAGCUGCUGGAACGACAACUAGAAGAGGGAGUCUUGGUUAUGGAGAAACUGGUGCACUUGAAUCUCUGGUCAUGGAAGCUGCCAAGAGAAUUGAUAAGCAUUUGUUGGAUGUCAUAUACAAGAGGUAUAAGUUUAAAGAACAUUGUCUCGCAAUCAAGCGGUAUUUGCUGCUAGGGCAGGGUGAUUUUGUUCAGUACCUGAUGGAUAUUGUUGGGCCAGAGCUUUCUGAGCCUGCUAAUGCUAUUAGUUCCUUCAAGCUAGCUGGACUACUGGAAAGUGCAAUUCGGUCAUCUAAUGCACAGUAUGAUGAUCCUGACAUACUAGAUCGGUUGAGGGUUAAGAUGAUGCCACAUGGCACGGGUGACCGUGGAUGGGAUGUUUUCUCAUUGGAAUAUGAUGCUAGGGUUCCACUAGAUACAGUGUUUACAGAAUCUGUCAUGACAAGGUAUUUAAGAAUUUUUAAUUUUUUGUGGAAGCUUAGACGAGUGGAGCAUGCACUCAUUGGCGCUUGGAAGACUAUGAAACCCAACUGUAUUACUUCUCAUGCAUUCACAAAGCUGCAACGUACAGUAAAAUUGCAAUUGCUUUCAACAUUGAGGCGAUGCCAGGUUCUUUGGGAUGAAAUGAAUCAUUUUGUUACAAACUUGCAAUACUAUAUCAUGUUUGAAGUCUUGGAGGUAUCAUGGUCCAAUUUUUCCAACGAAAUGGAAGUAGCCAAAGAUCUUGAUGAUCUCCUUGCAGCACAUGAGAAGUACCUCCACUCAAUUGUAGAAAAAUCACUCCUAGGUGAAAGAUCACAAACCCUUUACAAGUCACUGUUUGUCCUGUUUGACCUUAUACUACAAUUUAGAAGCCAUGCAGAUCGGUUGUAUGAAGGAAUUCAUGAGUUGCAAGCAAGAACCGUUGAAUCCUCUUUAAACUCUCGAGACAAAACCAAAUCAAGGAGGCAAACAAAGGAUAAAUCUUCAGAGCCAGGGUCUUGGAUUAGUGAAGGCAGGAAAGCCCUAACACAACGUGCUAGUGAAUUCCUUCAAAAUAUGGGACAAGAUCUAGAUGCAUUAGCUACAGAGUAUAAAUCAUUGCUUGAGGGUUUCUUAGCUCAGUUGCCUGUUCAGCAACAUAUAGAUUUGAAAUUCCUCCUCUUUCGGUUAGAUUUCACUGAAUUUUAUACUCGGCAGCAUCCAACUCUGUAAAAGCUGUCUAUACAUUUGGGUUUAAGGAAUUGCUGCUCACAUUUUGAGACAUGAAUGUAGUGCUUCAAUUCGCUAAGGUCAUUUCAGCCACACUGUCACAUGAAUGAACAAUCGCCUGAUAGCCUGGUGACCAUUUAGACUGACCGAUUUGAAUGACAUUGCUUGAUUUUAGAUGGUGUGCUUUCUGAUGGCUUGUUUGGCACUUUGAAGUUGAGUCGAAGGUAUCUUUAUGACUUUGUUUGUGGUGUUCAAUGUUGUAGUGUACACGUUUUGAAUCUGAUAGUCCAAUGAUUCAUUGGUGUUUUCUUACAGCUCUCAGAACUUAUGUCCUAAGCUUGUAUAUCUGUACCAUAUUUCUCUAUUUGUUAAUUGAUGAGCAAUUCAUGUUAUAUGCUUGAUUUUUAUAUCUCUUAUUUAACUUAACUAUUUCUUUGGGCAUACCCUUGGGUAUUUUAUUGUGGCAUUAAGUUGUGGUUUUCAUUGUUGCAAAGCCUGGUUUUUGGAAUUGCUUGUAAGUUUCAUUAGCAACGCAAAAUGUGGUAGCCCCGUGAAUGUGCACAAAGAAGAUUGAGUAUUUUUCAUGAUUUUCUACUUUAAGAGAGCUUUAAUCUACUUGUAAUAUAUGUAACAUCUCUCGUUGCCAUAACGAGAGUGAUUGGUUUUAAAUGUUGGCAUGGAAUAGAGAUCAGUAAGGACUAGAAUUUUGAAGUGUGAAGUAUGACUGACUCUUUGUUCGGGUACUACUUUAGGGCUUGCUCCUUUGACCUUCCUGUCAGGUGCAGAUUCGUUUACAUUUUUUUUAAAUAGUGGGAAAUCAUUAAAAUUAAAAUGUAGCCAGCAGUCUGGCCAGAAUUUAUUGUGGAAAGCAGAUGCUAUUGUCUUGAAAGAGAUGACAUGUUUUUGUUGUGGGACACUAUCACUUCUGUUUUGUUUCCUGUAAAGUUUAGUUUAUUUUUCCAAUGCUGAUGUGUACUUAAUUCUCAGCCAUGGUCUUAAUUUGUUUUCUAUGUUUUCCUUUAGCAUUCCACAGCUGUUAAUAUAUCUGUUAUGGCUACGGUAAAUGUUGCCAUUCAGUGUUGAAUAUUGAGAGUUGCCAAGAAUUUGGGCUUUGUAUGGCAAAGUUCUUCUUAUGGAUCGUGUUUUACACGUAUUUUGUAGAAUACAUAUAAAUACAUGAAUUAUUUUAUCUAUCUCUUGCUUUAAAAUAAAAUAUAAAAAAAGCCUGAAGUUAAUGGAUAAAGUUGCUACCAUUGAACAUUGUAAUCUCAUUCGCCAUUUCUGGAACUGUUUCAGCUUCCUAAGGCAA